CGCGACGUCGUCGCUGCUGAGACUCAGUCGUUUCCAUUUGCGUGGCGCACACCAUCCCUGAAAAAGAUCGAGCUGAGCCUGAGGAGACGCAUAACCGCCCAUCGCUACCAUUCGCUUCGCACUCCUCCGCGCUUAGUAGCUGAAAGCUCCCAACGCACGCCGGAACGCAAUAGAGAACAUGUCCCGCCAGAGAUACACGCCCGAAGACGUACUUGAGUUGGAAGCGCCGACGGAGUCCUUCCUGUGCCCGCUGAGCGCCAAUAAGUAUGGCAUUGAGUUCUUACACUUCUCCAUCUCGGACUUCGAGUCCAAGCGCAAGAUUUUUGAAAUCGGCAAGGACCGGCCAGGCAAGGCUGUGCCCAAGAUGGAUAUCUCACACGCGCGCGGAGAGGGCGCUUAUCGCACCAUCCGCUACGAGUUUUCCGAAGACGUGCUGCGACUGCCGGCCAUCGCCACGGAGCUUGAGUUCUCCGUUGGUCCACACGAAGUGCAUAACCUGCGUAUGAUCGAGCGCCACUAUUUCCGCGACGAGAUCGUCAAGAGUUACGACUUUAACUUCGGUUUCUGCAUCCCGUCCAGUGUGAACACGUGGGAGGCCAUCUACGCCAUGCCCCCACUGGACGAUGAACUGAUCAGCGAUAUGGUGGCACAGCCCUACGCAACGGUCUCCGACAGUUUCUACUUUGUAGGAGACGAACUCAUCAUGCACAACAAGGCCGAGUACAAGUACAUCCCUGAGGACAGAGCACAGGCCAAGAAGUCUUACUAUAACAGCGACGACGAGGACGACGCCAAGAGCGACACCAAAGGCGGAAGUAGUCGCGCCGACGAAAAAGGAUCCGGUGCCAAGGGCUCUGGAGGUGCCAAGUGGUCCAAGGAGGACGAUUACGACUAACUUAUAUCGCUGUAAUCUCCUUCAUUAGCACACUUCGCGCUACGAUAUUGCAUGCAAUAACCAACGUCUUAUCGAUGCCAAUGGAUAAAGUAUACGAUAUGUCACUCUGAAGAAGCAACGGUAAGCUUACGCUCUCGCCGACUGUUGUGUCGCUCCAAUGAAAAUGUAGAAGUAGAGAUGUAUUGAGCUUCUUGGUAAUAUACCCUAUUCACUCUCA